CGGUCGGAAGUAACGUAGGGCGGGCGGGGCGGGGCGGGGUGCUGCUUCCGGGCACGCUGUUGCAUCAGCUCGGCAGCGAGAGGAGGAGGAGGCAGCGGCGGGAUGGCAGCGGCCGCGGCUGAGCCGGCUUCCAGCUACAGUUUUAUUCUGAGCAUUAGUGAAGAGGAAGCCAGGGUGAAGGCUUUGAACGAGUACCUGAGCACUCGUAGUUAUAUCCAGGGGUUCACAUUUUCACAUGCAGAUGUGGAGGUAUUCAGAAAGUUUUCGGGGCCACCUGUGGACCAGUAUUUCCAUGUUGUCCGGUGGUACAGACACAUAGAAGCAAUCUAUGAUGGCAGCAGUGAAAAAAAUGACCCUUGUAAACUUCAAACAAGUAAAGGCAAGCGUAUGCAGCCCCCCUGGACUCCCCCAGAAGGGACAAAACAUUCUAGACUCUGCCUCUACAACAGCCUGACUCGCAAUAAGGAAAUAUUUCAGCCACAGAAUGGAAAAAAGGUGACAUGGUAUUGUUGUGGCCCAACAGUAUAUGAUGCUUCUCACAUGGGACAUGCCAGAUCGUACAUCUCAUUUGAUAUCCUGAGAAGAAUCUUCAGGGAUUAUUUUAAAUUUGAUGUUUUCUAUUGUAUGAACAUUACAGAUAUUGAUGAUAAGAUCAUCAAGAGAGCAAGACAGAAUUACCUUUUUGAACAGUAUAGGGAGAACAAAAUAACACCAGCUCAGCUACUUGAAGAUGUUAAAACUGCCUCAGAGCUCUUUUCAGUUAAAUUAAAUGAGACGACAGACCCAGAUAAAAAGCAAAUGUUGGAAAAAAUUCAAAAUGCAGUGAAGUCCGCUUUUGACCCUCUACAAGCAGCUGUGCAAGCAAAACUCCCUGCGGAAGAGAUCAAUAGAUGUCAUGAGAUAAUGUUGGAAGAAGCCAAAGAUUUGCUGUCUGACUGGUUGGACUCAAAAUUUGGCAGUCAGGUGACUGACAAUUCCAUAUUCUCAAAGCUCCCCAAAUUCUGGGAAGGGGAAUUUCAUAAAGAUAUGGAAGCUCUCAAUGUUUUACCUCCAGAUGUUUUAACGCGGGUUAGUGAAUAUGUGCCAGAAAUUGUAGCAUUUGUGAAAAAGAUCGUGGAUAAUGGUUAUGGGUAUGUUUCCAAUGGAUCUGUAUACUUUGAUACUAUGAAGUUUGAUUCCAGUGAAAAACACUCCUAUGCUAAACUGGUUCCUGAAGCUGUAGGUGAUCAGAAAGCUCUUCAAGAGGGUGAAGGUGACCUCAGUAUCUCAGCUGAUCGCCUAAGUGAGAAGCAUUCUCCAAAUGAUUUUGCUUUGUGGAAAUCCUCCAAGCCAGGAGAGCCUUCAUGGGACUCUCCAUGGGGAAAGGGCCGGCCAGGUUGGCACAUUGAAUGUUCCGCAAUGGCUGGAUCCAUUCUGGGAGAGUCGAUGGACAUUCAUGGAGGAGGAUUUGAUCUCCGAUUUCCCCACCAUGACAAUGAACUGGCACAGUCUGAGGCAUACUUUGAAAAUGAUCACUGGGUUCGGUAUUUUCUGCAUACUGGCCACUUAACAAUAGCUGGCUGUAAAAUGUCCAAAUCUUUGAAGAAUUUUAUCACCAUAAAAGAUGCACUGAAGAAACAUACAGCACGACAGUUACGGUUGGCUUUCCUCAUGCACUCUUGGAAGGAUACACUGGAUUAUUCAAACAACACCAUGGAGUCAGCUAUUCAAUAUGAGAAGUUUAUGAAUGAAUUCUUUUUAAAUGUGAAGGAUAUUCUUCGAGCUCCCACUGAUGUGACAAGCCAGUUUCAGAAAUGGGAAAAUCAGGAAGCAGAGCUGAAUAAAAAUUUUUACGACAAGAAAGCAGCAAUUCAUGAAGCACUGUGUGACAAUAUUGACACUCGCUCUGUCUUAGAAGAAAUGCGUUCGUUAGUCAGUCAGUCAAACUCCUAUAUUGCUGCAAAGAAAUCUUCCAGACAAAUGCCAAACAGACUUCUUUUAGAAAACAUCAGUUCCUAUCUCACUCAAAUGCUAAAGAUUUUUGGUGCCAUAGAAAGUGAUGACGCAAUUGGUUUUCCUGUUGGAGGGAAUAGUCAAAACAUAAAUAUUGAAUCUACAGUGAUGCCAUACCUACAAGUUCUCUCUGAGUUCAGAGAAGGAGUGCGACAAAUUGCCAGAGAGAAAAAAGUAAUUGAAGUGCUGCAGUUGAGUGAUGCUCUUCGAGAUGACAUCCUUCCUGAACUUGGCGUUCGAUUUGAAGAUCAUGAAGGACUUCCAACUGUGGUUAAAUUAGUGGAUAAGGACACAUUAUUGAAAGAAAGAGAAGAAAAGAAAAAGAUUGAAGAAGAGAAAAAAAGGAAGAAAGAAGAAGCAGCCAGGAAAAAACAAGAGCAGGAAGCAGCAAAACUGGCAAAAAUGAAGAUUCCACCACAUGAAAUGUUUAAACUGGAGCGCGACAAAUAUUCUAUGUUUGAUGAAAAUGGAUUUCCCACGCAUGAUGCAGAAGGCAAAGAACUCAGCAAAGGACAAAUUAAGAAGCUAAAGAAAGUUUAUGAAACCCAAGAAAAACUACACAAGGAGUAUCUACAAAUGGUUCAGAAUGGAAGUGCAAAUUGACAACAAGAGGACUUGUUUUUUAGAAGGCGAGUGCUGGGUCACCAUUGAAGAAGUGAGCAUAUACUGAUGCUCAUAUUUCUGUUUACACUUUCUAUUAUGUGCAAAGUAAACAUCCUGUUUACGUGGAUUAGUAAUGUCAUCUGGAAAGUCAAUAAACAUCCAUUCAUUAAAAAAAAUAAAAAGAAAAAGCCAAUCUCUAAGAAGUUUCCUCACAACAGCAGAAGCAGGUUGAAUGGCUGCCAUUUCUGUUUGGGAAAGUGCUGCUCAGUCAGCAAAUCCACAUGAGGAUUCUUGUUUAUUAUAGUUGUCCAGGCUUUAGUUAAUUUGUCCUGAUACUGAUCUCUAUCAAAUACCCAGUGUAGCUUGUAUUCUUGAAUAUAUCACAGUCAGUAAAAUUCACUACUAAAUGGAAGCUCAGUAAUUUGUUCCACAGUAAGAACACUAUUUUCCAGAUGAUUUUAGUAUCUUUACAUAAGCAGGAAAAACUGGGUAGUUUCCACUAUGGUACUCUAGCUGCUGUUAUUAAAAAACUUUGUAAGUGUACCCAGGACACUUUGCAUAGUAGAAGCUAACAGUCUCUUUGUUGCAAAAGGGAACAAACAGAUAGAUCAUCAUCUUUACUCAACCUGCUGUUACAACGAGGUGGGUAAGUACAGGGCAAAUGUACCUGCAUUGAACAUAGCCACCAGGCUAUGUUCCUUUCCUUAAUUGAAAGUUGUAAGCAUAUUCGCUUUACCUUAAUAUAUACCUUCUGAAGUAUCAAGAUAAACAUAUUUGGAGUACCAAGAAGGCCUAAUGGUUUUUUGUCUGGUUUAUCUGUAUUUGCCUUUAAAAACAUAAGUAAUGUUAAGGUCAGUAAAGCACAUGCAUCUUGUACGCAGAAAAUAAAAUCUGUUGUAAAGUA